CACGCCACAGUCACUCACUGGCUGGCAUGCCAGCCUGACAGUCGUAGGCGCAGUCAAAUAGAUAAAAUUGUCUAUAUCGCGAUUGUUAUUAAACACGCAUUUAUUGUACAUCGUAAAAGGUUCUACAGCAGUGAUAGUAAGCGGUUUCUUUCAAUUUUAUUAUGUGGUGAUCAUAAGUGGCUGAAGCUAAGCGACACCGCAUUCAGUCACUAAGUCACCUUCAAUCAGUGGAACCUUUCGUUUGGUAAUGAAAGUUGUUAGUUACAGUGAUCAACGUUGAUUGACUUAAUCUACUUCUCGUCACUCGUGGCCGAGGUAUUCGCAAGGAUGGGUGCCUCACAUCCCGAGCAAGAACUGUCCCUCUACGACCGUUCGUUACUACUGGACUUGGACUUUUCUCGGUCGCCGGCGAAGUUCAGUCCUCCCAUUUCAGCCGCCAAUCCCGGUGAACCAUGGAUAAAGGUGCGCCCAUUGCAGACCGGAGACUUUCAUCGCGGUUUCUUGCAGAUCUUGUCCCAACUGACGUCGGUGGGCGAUGUUUCGUUGGCACAAUUUUUAAACCGAUUUGCCCAAAUGCGUGCAAGUGGAGACUACUACGUAACAGUAAUCGUCGACAGCCGCUACGAUAAAAUCAUCGGUAGUGCAACGCUAGUACUGGAGCACAAAUUCAUUCACGGAUGUUCCGUUCGAGGACGGCUAGAAGAUGUCGUCGUUGAUGAUACGUACCGUGGAAAGCAGCUCGGCAAACUCAUCGUGGUCACCGUGUCGCUGCUUGCCCAACGACUCGGAUGCUACAAGAUGUCCCUGGAUUGCAAGGAUAAACUGAUUCCGUUCUACAAAUCCAUCGGAUAUGUACUGGAACCGGGCAAUGCCAACACGAUGAACAUUCGCUACGAGCAAAGCAACUCCCUCGCAGCCAAUCGCACAGCCGCCAAUGAACCACCGGAAAUCAACGAUCCAUCCUGACAAUUAGCCGCCAGUGCUACUAACAAAAAAUCCAAACUGUAAACCGUUGUAAUUGAGAAACUUUGACAGAAAGCCAUCACCUUUUCUGUUUUAUUUUAUCAGCUCUUUUAAACUUUUAAUCGAACAUCAUAUAAUUUACACAAGAGCUUCAAAAGUUACUCAAUCUAGCUUUGGGCGACUUGUCUGGAUAACUCCUUUCGAGUCGUCUUAGCUCAGUACAAUGGAAAUUGGAACACCUCAAUUAUUGGAUUUCAAUUGGAUUUUUUACCACAGUAGUAUCUGGCACAUAAUUGGCACUUUGUUUUAUUCUCAUUUUAUUGAAAUAACCAUUUCUACGCUUAACCCUUUUUUUCUUUCUGGUGAUCGUGUUUCUGUACCGCGCAAAUUGGGCAAAAAAUGUAUGUUACGUAAUCUAAGCUAUUAGCGCAGACUAUUAGUGCAAAUCGUCUAACGAUGUGUAUAGAAAGGUCAAAAAUAAACAUCUAAACUGGCAGUUUGUCAAAUUCGAUCAAGUAGUUCUUAAUUUGAGGCUGCUUAAAAAUUUUAA